AUGCAUCUCCCAAUAGAUAUGAAAACUUGGGUUGAUGAAAAGCUCUCAAAGCUUACCAUUGAAGAAAAAUCUCUCUUGCUUUCAGGCGUGGACCUGUGGAGGACAUACCCUGUUCCCCGCCUAGGAAUUCCCCAGUUGAAGACUACGGAUGGCCCUGUCGGUGCCCGGGGAGGUACUAUGGUCGAUGGAACUACUGCGGCAUUAACACCAAGCGCAGUAUCCCUUGCCGCUACUUGGGAUGUCGAUAUCAUCGCCGGUAUUGGCGAGCUUCUUGCUACUGAGGUUCGGGACAAGAAGUCAGAUAUCCUACUAGCACCUACUGUUUGCUUACAUCGUUCGCCGCUCGGCGGUCGAAAUUUCGAAUCCUUCUCCGGGGAUGACCCGUUCCUUGGAGGAAAGCUCGCUGCUGCCUACAUCAAUGCCGUCCAAUCCCAUGGCAUUGCAACAACAAUCAAGCACUUUGCUGCCAACGACCAGGAGACCAAACGGUUCGUUGUAAACCAAAUUAUGACUGAUCGAUGCCUCCGAGAACUUCAUCUGGUACCUUUCCAGAUUGCGCUCCGCGAUUCAAAACCAAUGUGUGUAAUGGCGAGUUACUCAAAGAUCAACGGCGUAUAUGCCAGCAACAACAGGGCUUUAUUGACUGGAAUUCUACGAGAGGAGUGGGGUUUUGAUGGUGUGGUUAUGAGUGAUUGGUUUGGUAUGAACAGUAUCGUCCCAAGUGUCGAGGCAGGCCUAGACUUGGAAAUGCCGGGCCCUGCCCGGAAGAGGGGAAAGAACCUAGUCGAUGCAGUUAAGAAAGGCUAUAUGAAGGAGUCGACUUUGGAUAUCAACGUACGGAGGAUCUUGGAAUUGAUCUACAAGACCGGAAAAUAUAAGAACCCAGACUGGGUCGAGGAGCAAGAAGAAGCGAUCAACCGACCAGAACAUCAAAAGUUUCUCCGAAGAGCUGCAUCUGAGGGAAUCGUUCUUCUCAAAAACGAGAAAAAAUUAUUGCCGCUUUCAUUAGGAACGACAAAACAAAUCGCAUUUAUCGGCCCAAAUGCUAAGGAGUCAGUGGCUGCCGGUGGAGGAUCCGCUUCAUUAAACCCCCACUAUCGUCAAACGCCUUUGGACUCAUUUGUCAAAAACGCCUCCGCUAAAUAUCCCAACUUGAAGGUCAAAUACGCUAAAGGCUGUCUUGCACACAAAUGGAUUCCAUUGUUCCCAGAGACUUGUGUUUCACCAAAGAAUGGCGAACAUGGCAUGCACAUGGAAUACUUUGACAACAUGCUCCACCGAGGACUACCAGUCCAUGCCGCACACCGGAAGAGCACAUUGCUCUCGUGCUAUGACAAUCUACCAAAGUCAUUUGUGCCGGGAAAGAGAUAUUCUUACCGCGCAGUCGGGCUUCUGACACCUAAAACAUCAGGACGACAUGUAUUCAGCAUGGGCACAUGCGGCCCUGGGCGUCUCUUGGUUGACGGGAAAGAACUCAUCAACAUCUGGGAUCGUACAAAGGAGUCGGAAAGGUCUGAGAUGUUUAUGGCCUAUGCCUCUCCGGAAAAGCGCUGUGAACUCGACAUGGUUGCUGGUAGGACAUAUAAUGUCACUGUCGAAGGGGUUUCACGUGAGCUAGAUCCAAUUCCAGUUCACUACACCGAUGAACUUUAUAGGGAUGAGGUGAUGGACGGUUCACGGGUCGGUUUCAUGGAAGAAGUCAAGGAGGACUUGAUGGGAGAGGCCAUCCAGCUAGCCCGCGAAUCGGAUAUUGUUGUAUAUGUUGGAGGGAAAAACAUCGAAUGGGAGAGCGAGGCUUACGAUAUGAAAUCUAUGGAUUUGCCCGGCCCCCAAAACGAUCUUAUUGCCAAGAUCCUCGAAGUUAAUCCUAAUACGAUCAUUGUCAACCAGUCUGGAUCUCCAAUCACUAUGCCCUGGAUCAAUGAGGCCUCUACUGUGCUUCAAGCAUGGUACCAAGGUCAGGAGCUCGGAAACUCCCUCUAUGAUGUAUUGGUUGGUCACAUUUCGCCAUGCGGAAAGCUCCCUGUUACAUUCCCUCGCCGGCUUGAAGACACACCUACUUUCCACAACUUCCCGGGGGAAAAUGAAAAGGUUAUAUAUGGUGAGGGUAUUUGGUUAGGAUACCGCCAUUACGAGAGAGCUAAGGUCCAGCCUCUGUUCCCCUUCGGAUUCGGUCUUUCGUACACAACCUUUGAGUACAAGAACACCCGUCUUUCCGGCGAUGUCCUUAGAGACACGCUCACCGUAUCGGUGGAUAUCACAAACACCGGAAAGGUUUCCGGGAAGGAAUCUGUCCAGUUUUAUGUCUCUCAAACCUCGAAGACUGGACUUAUUCGACCUAUCAAAGAGUUGAAGGGCUUUGCUAAGGUUGACCUACGAACGGGGGAGACAAAAACGGCGAGCUAUGUCCUCGACAAGUACGCUUUAGGAUACUGGGACGAGAAGAUGCGUUCGUGGACUGUUGAUAAGGAUGCAGAGUUUGAGGUGUAUGCAGCUGCAAGCUCCCAGGAUAUAAGGGGUUCUGCGAAGUUUAGGGUAGAAGGAACCAUGCAGUGGAUAAACUGA